CGAAUAGACACAGCGUUUUCAAAACAUAACCUCCACUACAGAUAUUUGUUUGUUUAAAAAAAAUAUACUUUUGUAAACAAAAAUGGACGAUAUACUUAAAGACGAGCGCUUCGCGCACAUACCCAAUGAUCCCCGAUUCCGUAGGAUACCCAAAAAAGAAGUUAAAAUCAAAGUAGACAAACGUUUCCGGGCCAUGUUCAAGGACAAAAAAUUCAACAUCAGAUACACCGUGGACAAACGAGGCAGGCCCAUUAAUCAGUCUUCCCAAGAAAAUUUCAGAAAGUUUUAUGACUAUUCGAGCACCGAAGAAGAUUCUGAUGAUUCUUCCCAACAGACCAAACAUAGCAAAUCAAAAGCGAAAAAGUCCACAGAUAAAAAUACUUGUUCUGAUGAAUCUAAAGUUACAAAAGCUGAGACCGAGGAAAAUUCAGCUGAUGAAACAUGUGAAGAGAGCAAAGAUGAGGAUGAAGCAAAUUUUUCAAGUAACGGCAAACUACUCCUUGUGAAACCAAGUAAGGAUUCUGAUGCAGAAAUCCAUGGAGAUUCCGAUGCAGAAGACAAAAAGGUUUCAACUGAAGAUGAAGAUGAAGAUAGCAAGUUGGCUAACAAUGAACUAAACUCGAAACUUGAGAAAAAGAGUAAUAAAAAAUUGGAUGAAUCUAUAAAGCAGAAAUUGAAUGAUUUGAAUGUUGACUACGCCAGAGGCGAAGGAGUUUUAUUUUCUGAGAGCUCAUCGGAUGAUGAAAGUUCUGAAGAAGAAGAGGAAGAAGAAAUCGAACAUGACUGGGGUGAACUGGAUAAAGAUGCUGAAUCGAUUCCAGAACCCACUUAUAGAUUAGCCGCAUGUAAUAUGGACUGGGACAGAAUAAAAGCUGUGGAUAUUAUGGUUCUUUUUCAUUCCUUUGUACCUCCUACUGGUUACAUUAAGAACGUAACGAUAUAUCCAUCCGAAUUUGGACUUAAGCGUAUGAAAGAAGAGGAACUCAAAGGCCCUGCCGAGUUGGUGGAAUCUGAAGACAGCAGUUAUGAUGAGGAAGAAGAAGAAAAAGAUAUAAACAGUGACGGGGAAAAAGAAGAGGGUUCACAGUACCAGAGAGAAAAAUUGAGAAAAUAUCAGCUCAAUCGUUUAAAGUAUUAUUAUGCAGUUAUAGUUUUUGACUCACCUGCUACUGCUAACAAAAUUUACGAAGAAUUGGAUGGUCAAGAAUACGAAUCUUCCGCCACCAAGCUUGACUUGAGGUUCAUUCCCGAUGAAGAAACUUUUGAUCAAGAACCCACAGAAGUUUGCGACAAAUUGCCAGAUCUGACGAAAUACAUGCCUAGGCUGUUCACCACUACUGCAUUGCAACAAGUUAAGGUAAACUUGACUUGGGAUGAAACAAAUCCAGAAAGGCAGGAAUUCGCCCAAAAAUUAAAAUCCGCGAAUCUUGAUGAAAUAGACAAAAAUGAUCUUCAAGCUUACUUGGCUAGUGGGACAAGUGACGAAGAAUCUGAAGACGAGGUGAAAAAGCAAUUGGACAAAGUUGAUGAGACAAGUAAUAAAAAAGACAGGCUUGAAAUGUAUAAAUCGUUGGUUAAAUCGAUAGAAGAAGCAGAGGAAAAGAAAAAAGACAAGGACGUGGAGCUUGAAGUCACUUGGGGCCUAGGGAUUAAAGAAAAAACUGAGCAAUUAUUAAAGGAAAAAGAAAAAAUAAAGCAGCAAGAGAGUCUUGCUCCGUUUGAAAAGUAUUUGCAGAAAAGGAAAGAAAAGAUUAAAGCCAAAAGAGAAGAAAAGAAAAAGUUAGCAAGAGGUGACAACAAAGAAGCAUCCGAUAGCGAAGAUUCGAUUCCAUCUGAUAUUGAUAUGAAUGACCCGUACUUUGCGGAAGAAAUGAAAAACAUGCCAAAGCAAAAAACGAAAAAGAGCAAAAGCCGGACUAACGAUAGCGAUGCUGAUUCUGUAGAUGAAGAAGAAAAUAAAAGAAAGGCAGCAGAAUUGGAGCUGCUGCUUAUGGAUGAAAACGAGGGAGGUAAAAAAUGUCACUUUGACAUGAAGAGAAUCGAAGAGGCUGAAACAUUGACUAAGUCUAAAAAGAAGCGUCUCAAUAAAAGAAAAAAGGAUCUUAAGGAAGAAGCAAUCAAAGAUGAGUUCAAAGUUAAUGUUGACGACCCAAGAUUCCAAAAGCUCUUUACAUCUCACUUGUUCAACAUCGAUCCAACUGAUCCACGGUAUCGCAAAACUAAAGGCACAGAAGAUUUAGUUAAAGAGAAACUCAAGAGAAGAAACGAAACUGAUGCGACGGAUGAAAAAAACACUUUUGAUGAAACGCAAGCUGCGCCACAGAAAAAACAAAAAGUUAAUACGGAAAUCAACACGUUGAUUAAUUCCAUCAAGAGAAACACGAAAAAUAUGAAUAAACCCAUCAAAUAGUGGUGCA